UAAAAAAAGAAUGAUCUGUUUUCAGCAUUGUUUACAAGUCAAUUGCGACACGUCUCGAGCUGUUGUCUGUAUGGUGGCCUCAGGACUCGGUGUUUGGGUAGCGACCCAGCAUAGCGCGGUACUUAAGCUCUUCCACGCUAUAAGCUAUGAAAAUCUCCUGGAUGUCAAUAUUGCCCCAGCCGUCACUAAGAUGCUUGCAGGUUUUGAUGAUAUCAUUCGUCAACACAAAGCAGCUUGCCUUCGUGUCACGGCUCUUCUCACCUCUAAUGACCUCUUAUGGAUAGGAACGAGUGCCGGCGUUAUUUUGUUUUUACCUCUUCCACAUCUGACCUCUUCUACCUCAAAAUUGGAUAACGUUCCUAACGUUUCUGGGGUCCCUCGUGGUCACACUGGGCACGUACGUUUCCUGACACGUGUGGAGAUGACGCCCGGUCCACACACAGAUGAAUGUUCCUCUACCAGUUAUAUACAUCAGUCAAUCUGUAGUCAAAAAGGUGGCGCUGCUCGUCACACGUCCUCUACCACUGCUACCACAGGACGUCGCUUGCUUGUGAUGAGUGGAGGUGAUGGUUAUGAAGACUUCUCUAGCUCAGGAUUGAAAGAACCAAUAGGGCGGGAUGACAGUACUAAUCACUUGCUUUUGUGGCAAGUUUAAAGGCUGUGUAUCGUGAAGUUGUGCCAAGCUGUGAGAUCUGCCUUUUUUUUGCAGCUAACCAUUAUUGGAAUACUAAGCCUAGCACUAUAAUGCUAGAAACAUUCUGUACACGAGUCCCCAGAUAUUGCUAAAAUACUCAGCCAAUGAGCAAACAUUACUCAAAGUGUUUAAAGGUUUUGUGGCUGAUUUGUACAAUAAAUGACAUUGAUAUGUUUCAAUUAAUGUCAUUCUUUUAGUGAAAAAGAUGUUUUAUUUUCUAAAACUAAAAUAUGAACUGAAAGCAAGAAACUAUGCUAUUUUAAGACGCAGUAUUGUAAUUUUGUGAAUUUUCGUCCUAAGUUGUGUCUAUCACUCCAGAUCAGUGAGGAUGUUGUCUUACGUUUGUACUACAUUGUCUUCA